UUAUACUAUAUUUCUUUUCCUACUAUCUUCUCAUCGACAUAAUAAGAAUAUUAGUUCUUUUGUGAGAAAUACAAAUUAAUUCAUGUAUAAAAUUCUCAUUGGAACGCUAGGAUCAAGCACAUGACAACCAGAAAUUAACAAGCGCAUUAAAUUCUGCUGCAAAUUUUAGGAUUUCAAACUGUUUGCUGUCGGAAUUGUUGAGUAAGAAAACAGAGAGUAAACUGUAUUGGUUUUUCAACACUAAAAAAUAAAUAUGGCAUAUCGUUACGGUUCAAUAAGUUUAACGCGAUGGCAAUUGGCGUUGCUGAUAGGCACACCCGUCGCCGUUGGUUUAGGUGUCUACAUAUACCGGAAAUCUGUAGCAGACAAGAAACCGAUAGGCGAUAACGAUGCAAUUGAACGUAAAAAAGGACUCACCGCCAAGGACAAAGCGCAAACACUAUCUAUUGACGGCACAAUUGAAGAUAAGGAAUUGGAACGUAAGAAAAAGAAUGCCGAGCUGGAAAGUGAAAAGUUGUCACCUCUCAAGGAAGCAACCAUGUACAAGAAUGAGGGUAAUGUUUGCUAUCGUAAUGGCAAAUACGAUGAGGCGAUCUCAUUCUACGAUAAGGCCAUAGAUAAAUGUCCAAUUGAAAAUCGUGCUGACCUUGCAAUAUUUUAUCAAAACCGUGCUGCAUCGUAUGAGAUGUUAAAAAAAUGGAAUCGCGUCAAAGAGGAUUGUGCGCGUUCACUUGAAUUCAAUCCGCAAUAUGCAAAAGCCUAUUAUAGACGCGCUAAAGCACACGAAGCCACAAAUGAUUUAAUGGAAUGUUUAGAUGAUGUGACCGCAACUUGUAUAUUGGAAAUGUUCCAAAAUAACAGUACAAUAAUGUAUGCAGAUCGCAUACUGAAACAAACUGGUCGCGAGGAUACAGACCGUGGCCUCAAGGAGCACGUACCAGUGUUGUCAUCGAACAACUUCAUACAAACUUAUUUGCGCUCAUUUGUUGCGGAUCCUAUCGAUGGUAUCACCAUACUCGAACCGACGGAAGGAGUGGCAUUAAAAGGAUUUGCGCGCGCCAAAAAAGCUUUAGAGCAAAUGAAAUACGAAGAUGUGAUUGCAGCUUGUACGGAAGAAAUCGAAACUUCCGAGUCAGAAUCACAAUAUAAAAGUGAAGCUUUAUUAUUACGCGGUACAUUUUAUCUGCUAUCGGGUAGUUUCAGUGCGUCCCAGCAAGAUUUGGAUUCUGUGAUAAAUAACGCCGAUGCUGGUGUUGCGUUACGUGCCGCUGCUCUUAUUAAACGUGCCUCGUUAUACAUACAACAGGAAGAGAAGGAUUUGGGUUUAGCCGAUUUCGAUGCCGCUUCCAAAUUGCAACCGGAUAAUCCCGAUAUAUAUCAUCAACGCGCACAAAUUUACAUAUUGAUUGAUCAGUUACCAGAAGCUUUGAGCGAGUUUGAAAAGGUCGUCAAGAUGGCACCAAAUCACGCCAUGGCCUACAUACAGAAAUGUUACGCGGAAUAUCGCAUGGCAUUAAUGUCGCAAGAUCAAAUGCGUCUCAUGAUCGUAAUGAAUGAAUUCAAGAAUGCCAUUGAGAAAUUCCCCGACUGCGUUGAAUGCUACAGUCUGAUGGCACAAGUUUUGGCCGAUCAACAACAAUUCCAACAAGCUGAUCAAUUUUAUGAGAAAGCCCUCAAAUUAGCACCAGAAAAUGCAUCAUUAUAUGUACAUCGUGGCAUAAUGCUAUUGCAAUGGAAGGGUGACAUCGACAAAGCGAUUACGUAUAUUAAUCAAGCACUUGAAGUGGAUAAUAAAUGUUUAUUGGCAUUUGAAACGCUCGGCACAAUCGAAGUGCAGCGUGCAAAUCUCAAUCGUGCCGUUGAACUUUUCGAAAAAGCAAUAAAAUUGGCAAAGAGCAGAUCGGAAAUGGGUCAUUUGUAUGCUUUGCGUAAUGCGGCGGUUGCUCAAUUAAAUGUGACACGCAAACUGGGCAUUGAUAUGUCAAAAAUAUCAGCGUUAGCACAGCAGGGUAUGAUGCCGGCGGCUGUAUAAACCACA